AUGAGCGCAUCAAGACCCAAGAGUAAGAAGAUCAUCCCCAAGGCUCAACCAUCCACCCAUCCAAAGCUCACCCCGAAAACCAAUAAAGCACCCGUCGUCCACAAGUCACCCGCUAACGGAGUCAGGCGACAUGUACCACCCCCGAGCGCAGAAGUCAGAUCGUUGAUGGACAAGGGUAAAGGAAAAGCGAAAGAGACAUCCGCCCCUCUAUCUGUUCAUACAAUUACGAGCGAUGAGGAUAACGAAGAUGACGAUUUUGAAGAAGUGCCUAUACCCUCUGUAGCUGGACCAUCAUCACCUUACCCUGGUACACCUACUACCAAUGGCAAUAUCACAGCUGGCACUACACCAAGAACAAAUACCUCUGCGCCGAGUAUAGAUUACGAUCUGGAAGGGUAUGGCGGAGACAGCGACGCAGAGAGUGGUGAGGGUGAAGAUGAUGGUGUGAUACACCUUGAGAUAGGCGGAGAGACGGCUGAAGAGAAAGCAAAGAGGAUAGCUUUGGCUUUGCGAAAAAAACCGAUGACUUCGAAAGAUCGAGCAAUCAGGCUGGAGAUACAUAAAAUGCAUGUCAUAGCUCUUUUGGCAAGCGCAAGGGUACGCAAUAGAUGGUGUAGUAACACGCUCCUCAAGGCACGGCUCUUGUCACUACUCCCACAUCCUUUGCAAACCGCGUUCAACAUCCCACCAUCUCGAUUCCCUGAUAGAGCUCAGCGGUCGCGUCUGUUCUUCGAUGCGCUUCAAGACCUGGUGACGUGGUGGUCUUACUCAUUUUUCGAUGUAUCGGAUCCGACCCUAGGUCUACGCACUCGCCCAUGGGAUGAAAUACAGGAAAUAAUCGAUCAAUUGCCAAAGCUCACUAGAGCAGAUCUAACACCAGGUCAUUACCUCUCAACCACGAAAGAAAAGGUCAAGGAAAGGGAAGAAGCUUUAGAGAAGAUGUCGGUUGGAGCAGGAGCCGAGAAAUUGAGGUCAGUGAAUAGCAUGAUGAAAAAGGCUUUACAACAAGAAGGAUCUAGGGAUAUUUCAGCUCAGCUAUUCGUAGCUCUAGCAAGAGCUUGUGGGCUCGGUGCGAGAUUGGUGGUAUCCCUCCAACCUGUGCCGUGGCGUGCGGAGAAGGUAGUCGCGAAGAAGAAACCUGUCGGCGCUGGAAGAGGAGGACGUACAGUGGCUAGUAGACAGGGUAUGGGACCUACGACAGACGAGGAUGAAGAGGACGAGGAUGAGUUUGAGGAAGUACCUAUACCAGGUGAAGAAGAACCAAAGGAAAGGAAGAAUAACGUUAGAGCGGCCGGAACAAGGAGAUUGCAGGAUCCUACAGAUCUGUACAGGCUGAGGCAGCCCAAGCCUGCUCCCCAGACUUUAGGACGACCGUCAAAGCCCAAAGCGAAGCAGAAGCAAGAUCUGUCAGAACAACCGCCCGUGUUCUGGGCGGAGAUAUUCAGUCGUUCAGAUCAGAGAUGGAUCCCAGUUGAUCCCGUCAGAGGAAUAAUAAGGAAGAAGACUCAUUAUGAGCCAACAUCAGACAGUGGGCCUAUCAGAAUGGUAUAUGUGGUAGCAUACGAGGAAGACGGGUUCGCCCGGGAUGUAACCUUGAGAUACACCAAGAACUUCGGGUCCAAAAUCAGCAAACUCCGUGUACCCGCCAGGAAAGAUGAACCGGAUUGGUGGGAAUCAGUCAUGGAAUUUCUCACGAGACCGUAUCUUCUGAACCGAGAUAAGGUAGAAGAUGCCGAAUUUGAAACUAGUCAGAUAUCGGAGGCCAUGCCUCAGCAUAUGAGUGGAUUCAAAGAUCAUCCUAUAUACGUCCUGGAACGCCAUUUGAAGCGAGAGGAAAUUAUUGAACCUAAGACGAAGCUCGCCGGUAAAUUCAGAGGGGAGGCGGUAUAUCGACGAGAGAAUGUUUUGACUUGUAAGACCGCGGAAACCUGGAUGAGGGUCGGUCGAAGGGUGAAAGACGGACAAAACCCUUUGAAGAUGGUGAAACAGCGUGCGGUCACUUUGCAGAAGAGAAGAGCGCAGGAAUUGGCCAUUCAAGAGACUGGAGAGGCUAUUCAGCAGGGUUUGUAUGCAGAGAAACAGACGGAACUGUACAUACCACCACCUAUAAAAGACGGGAUUAUACCGCAAAAUUCGUUUGGUAACAUCGAUCUUUAUGCUCCGACGAUGCUGCCUGCGGGAGCUGUUCAUCUUCCUUACAAGGGAAUUGCGAAGGUCGCCAAGACGCUGGACAUCAGCUAUGCAGAAGCAUGUACCGGCUUCGAGUUCAAGAAACAACGUGCCAUUCCGGUCAUCAAUGGUAUCGUGGUUGCCAAGGAGAACGAAGAAUUGGUCAUGGACGCAUAUGCCGAAUCUGCGGCUGCCGCCGAGGAGAAGGAACGGAUGAAGAAGGAAGAGAAGGCAUUGAAGCGUUGGGCGAAGCUAAUCAAUGGAUUAAGAGUGAGAUUGAGAUUACAAGCGGAGUAUGGUACCGGCGAACAGCUCGAUGAAUCUUCGGCUCUGAAUCCACUAGCCGAUCCAGCUGAUGCUCAACCGAAGACGAAGAAGUCCGCUGCUUCUGUCUUGGCUGCGGCUCAUCAGCAAGGUACAGCCAAAUGGACAGAAAGAGUAGGGGAAAGGUCACCAAGUCCGAAAAGUGAAAGUGAGAAUGAGAUGGAAGAUGUACCGCUGCCAGUAACAGAAGACGUUGUACAACCCGAAACCAUACCACAAACAUCGGAAACAUCGGAAGAUCGAGUAGAGAAGGCAGAAGAUGUCAAGCAAAUCGAAAUCGAUUCCGAUUCUGAUCUAGAAGCUGUUCAGAUACCUCUGCCAUCAUCUGCACGAACCACUCGAAUCACACUGCGAUUAAAUGGCCAAAAUGGUAAUGGCGCCACGACCAAGAGUCGACCCAGCAGACGUGCUUCAGUAAGAUCAACGAGAAAGCGAAAGGUGGAAGAAUCGGAGGAAGACGAAGCGCAAUUGACGGAAGAAGAAGACGAGGUCGAGGUGAUCGAGGUUGCGAAAUCCAAAAGACCUACUCGAGGUAAAGGAAGAACAUCUACUACAUCAGCGAAGAGAGCCAGGAAUAAGAUAGUCCCUACUCCAUCUACCGAAGGAGUGACUAGGAGCUUGAGGAGUAGAGCACCUAAAUCUGCGCAACAGGCAGAGGAGGAGGAAGAGAAGAGGCGGAGACUGCAAGAAGCGCUGGGAGAAGAUAGCGAUUUUGACAUGCAAUAA